AUGGCAAAUAAGCAAUAUCAUAAAGGUAUCCCACACUUUCGCGCCUGUCAUCAGACGGCGGAUGAUGCUGGAAGUACGAUGAGACCAUCACGACUGUCAUCUGACGGUGAUCUUCUCAACGUAAUCCUGCCUCCUGGCAGAUAUCCCACACAAAAACCUCAUGCAUGGAGAGCUAAUAUUGAUGAUGAUUAUGUCGAUAAUUGUGAACAAGAGAAAGCGAUGACUUUGGUAAAAAAUCAAAUUUUGAAUUUUUUAACAUAUGAUGAUGAAACUGCUAGUGAUGAUGAUUCGGAAGAUAACCCAAUGGUAAAAUCCUAUCAGAAAAACCUAGAUUGUAUUUUUCAAGAAAGGAGAAUUUUAAAUGUGCCGUAUAGUGAUCAUCGUUAA